AUGUUCAAGACGCCCGGGAUGAUGGAAGAUCCACAUGUCCCGCCCAUUGGGCAUCCUCCAGUCUUCCAGGAGCUGGGAAAUACUGGCCGACGAAGCCUGUGGGUUGUAACUAUUCUCAUGCUUCUUUCGUCCUUGAUUUUCUAUAUUCUCGGCAGUCGGGUGAUAGUGCCAAAGAGACUAUUCCAUGUUCUGACCUCCAUAGUAACGACCAUCUCCUUCCUUGCCUACUUUGCCAUGGCCACAGGAGAGGGUAUUGGGUUUAAUGUUGCUACUAUUCAUCAUCGGCAUAAGAACGCGCCAGACACUGUCGAAGAAGUUUUUCGUCAGGUUUAUUGGGUUCGCUGGCUCAAUUGGGGCUUGUCGUUCUCCCUGAGUAUUACAAAUCUGGCUCUAUUGGCAGGCAUGAAUGGAGCCAGCCUUCUUGUGGCUGUUACAGCAAAUAUCAUUAUGUUCGUCAGCGGGCUAAUCAGCGUUUUUGGUGGACACGGCGGCACGAGAUGGGCGUGGUUUACGAUCUCCUUACUCUCAUACUUCACCAUUGCGUACCACGUUGGAUUCCACGGGCGCAAGGCUACCUUGCAAAAGGAUAAUCAGACGAGGGCCUUUUACUCUUCUAUCGCAGGAUACUUCCUCGUCCUUCUUCUAAUUUAUCCAAUAGUUUGGGCUGCUUCUUCCAACACUCGCCGUAUGAGUGUCGAUGCGGAGAUAAUCGUCUACGCUAUUCUUGAUGUUUUAUCACAAGGGGUGCUCGGAUACUGGCUUGUCGUCUCCCACGAUAGCAUGCAAUCCAUUACCCUAAAUAUCGACGGUUUCUGGUCUAAUGGUAUUGGCAAUGAAGGCGCCCUUAGAGUGGGCGACAACGAGGCGUAA